CAGAGGGGCUGAUCUGAGGAAACGCGUGUGCGCUGUUUCUUUUCGGGGCCACGCUGAGCCCUCUCUCACACACGGAGUAAAAACAGCAGCGACAAUGCGCAUAGAAAAGUGCUUUUUCUGCUCGGGCCCGGUCUACCCCGGACACGGCAUGAUGUUUGUGAGGAACGACUGUAAGGUGUUUAGAUUUUGCAGAUCAAAAUGCCACAGAAACUUCAAAAAGAAGCGCAAUCCAAGAAAGACCAGGUGGACCAAAGCCUUCAGAAAAUCUGCUGGCAAGGAAUUGACGGUGGAUAACUCACUGGAGUUUGAAAAACGCAGAUGCAUACCAGUCAAAUACAACAGAGAGCUGUGGAACAAGACAGUGGAAGCAAUGAAGAGGGUUGAGGCUAUCAAACAGAAACGAAGUGCUCGGUUUAUCAUGAACAGACUCAAGAAGGGUAAAGAGUUGGAGAAGGCAGAAGCCAUCAACGAAGUCAAGAAGAAUAUCCACCUCAUCAAAGCACCACAUGCAGGAGACUCCAAAAAGCUGGAGGAGAAGAUGGUGCAGAAAUUGGCAGAAGACGUGGAAAUGGAUGAGUAAAUGUCACUUCAUGGCCCAUAUAAACCUUUCUCUAAUGGGACCUGUUGAACAACAACUAGAAAUCAAGUCCUUACAAGCAUCAGUGUCCAGAGACUUUACUCUUCUACGUGGAUCUGUUGAGCAUGCUCUAAAAAGCUGUGCUGUCUGCUACAUUGCUGUGGAGUUCCAUUGGAGCCACUGGAAGAGGAGAUUUAUUUACCCAAAUCCAACUUCAUUGUUUAGGUUGUGUUUUAAAAACACUGCAAAAAUGGCCAACAGUGAAUGCAGUUUGAUUUUAGUUUUUAGUUUCCCUUCUUUAACCUAAUGCCUGCAUUGGACUUGAUUCACUGUUAUACUGAUCCAUUCACUGAAUAAUCCUAAUAACAAUGGAAUUAUCUCUAUAAAAAAAGUUUCCACUUUUGUCCAUGACACUUGUAUUUGUCUAUAUAAUAACUCCAUCUUCUAUCCAUAACAGUAUAAUGACAGUAACAUUAUAAAGUAUGUAAUAAAGUACCAUUGUGUGGUAAACCUGUUAAAA